UCGCGAUAGUCGAGGAAUACUCACGACAAAUCGUGGAACGUAUGACAGUUACACGUCGCAGAGAGGAUUUCUCGUUCCGUUGAUACGAAUGAGAAGAAGAAGAAGGUGGGAACACAAAAGUGCAUCGUUCUUCAAAAGCAUCAACGUCGAAGAAUGUAAUUCGCAUCGAGUCACGAGGAAUAGGGAGUCAAGGAAGCGUGUAUCUUCCGCUCGAAACUGCGCGCGGUGCAAGCUUACCGGAUAAAAAGGCAGGCAGAGGGAAAAAAGGAAAAUGCCAGGGGGAACUUCGACGCGAGAGAGCAGCGAGGCGAUCCGGAUGGAGCCUUUAGGUAGAACCUCGAGUUCGCGGAGUCCCGGGCAAAACGGAACUGCCAACACCACCACCGAGGUGCCGAUAAAUUCAGACAGUAACACAGGAUUGCACAAACGUAGCAUUUACGAGCACAAUGGAAUCGUGUGUUCUCAAAAAAGGGCUCUCUGCGUAGCUACCGUUGUUUUUGCGAUCCUUUUCGCCAUAUCACUCAUCAUUGCCUUCGCGGGACCACAAAAUGACUGCCCUUGCGCUGGAGAAAAGCCAGCCAACCUGGAAAACGAGGACGAUGAAAAAAGCAGCGAGCCUCUUGCAACUAAUGGAGAGGUGUUUCCUUGGAACAACGUGAGGCUACCAAUGUUUGCGCAUCCUACUAGGUACAAUAUUACCAUACAUCCAAAUCUUACCACCUUAGAAGUAAAAGGACAGGUCACCAUCGAAUUCUAUGUCGAUAAAGAGACCAACUAUAUUGUCUUCCAUAGUAAAAAUUUGACAAUAAACGAGAAAAUGGUUCAAGACCGUAAAGGCCAUAGAUUAAAAAUUGCAAAACUACUGGAAUACCCGAAACACCAACAGUUAUAUUUAGAACUGGAAGAGAGUAAAUUUCGAAAAAGAGGGAAUUACACGGUGCAUUUGAGGUUUAUUUCGAAACUUACGAGUGAACUCGAAGGAUUUUAUCUUAGCAGCUACGUUUCCCCGGAAGGAGAAAAGAGGUAUCUCGCUACGACUCAUUUUGAACCUACAUAUGCACGCUCGGCAUUUCCGUGCUUCGACGAACCACAGUAUAAAGCUAAAUUUAAGGUUUCAAUAUUCAGGGAUAGAUUUCAUAUCGCAUUAUGCAAUAUGCCAGUUAUGAAUACAGAAGAUGCGGGAUUUUACAUGGGCACAGGGCUUCUUCGCGACGAUUUUCAAGAAUCUGUAGAAAUGUCGACGUACUUGGUGGCUUUCGUGGUGUGCGACUUUAAACGAGUUUCCAAAUUAACCAAGAGGAAUAUUUCCGUGAGUGUUUAUGCGGCAGAGGCAAUGCUUCCACAGGCGAAAUAUGCAGUGACUACAGCUGCUCGUACAAUGGACUACUUUGAAUCUUUCUUCGGGGUACACUAUCCAUUGCCUAAACAAGACCUGAUAGCUAUUCCUGACUUUGCCGCUGGUGCAAUGGAAAAUUGGGGCCUAAUCACAUACCGAGAGACGUCAAUACUCUAUGAUCCACAAGAAACAUCGACCAGUGCUCACGAGUGGGUCGCUAUAGUUGUUGCUCAUGAACUGGCUCAUCAGUGGUUUGGUAAUUUGGUUACCAUGAAAUGGUGGAAUGAUUUGUGGUUGAACGAAGGAGCAGCUAGUUUUUUCGAAUACAAAGGAGUGAAUCACAUCUCACCAGAAUGGAGCAUGAUGGAUCAGUUUAUUUUAGACAAAACUCAACCAGCUCUGAAUCUCGAUGCUUUAGCCAGCAGUCAUCCUAUAAGCGUGCCAGUAAAAGAUCCAAACGAGAUCGAAGCUAUAUUCGAUGAUAUCAGUUAUAGUAAGGGCGCUUCCAUUCUCAACAUGCUUGAGGGCUUUUUGUGUGAAGAUGUUCUCAAAAGCGGACUGAACGAUUAUCUGAAUUCGCACGCGUAUGGAAAUGCAGACACCAACGACCUCUGGGCGGUCUUUACAAAACAUGCAAAUAAUACUUUUGAUGUGAAAGCCAUUAUGGACACAUGGACCCAACAAAUGGGUUUUCCUCUGAUUACGAUUACGCGUAAUGGGAAUACUGUCACAGCAAGUCAGAAGAGAUUUCUAAUUUCACCAAAAGAAAACGAUACAGAACUGCAAGAAUCAAAAUCACCCUUUAACUACAAGUGGUAUGUCCCGUUGAGCUACUACACAGACAAAGAACCGCGCAAGCUUCACAACGUAUGGAUGAAUUUAACCGAUGUAAUGUUCGAUAUACCUGCCGACGUGGAAUAUAUAAAAUGCAACGUGAAUCAAAGUGGAUUCUAUCGUGUAACUUACCCAGAAGACAUGUGGUCAUCGAUCAUUGCAACUUUGUUAAACAAUCACACCAAAUUCAGUCCAGCUGAUCGUGCUAAUCUUAUCGACGAUGCAUUUACGCUUUGCGAAGCAGGCGAGUUGAACGCUACCGUACCUCUUGGAUUAUCUCUUUAUCUUUUAAAUGAGAGAGAUUACGUGCCAUGGUCUACGGCUCUCGGAUAUUUACAUUCUUGGAAAGACAGACUGAGCGAAAGUCCUGGGUACAAAAGGUACAUCACUUUCUUGAAACGGCUGUUAACUCCAGUUACCAAAUACGUCGGUUGGGCAGAUGAGGGAUCUCAUCUGAAAAAAUUGUUAAGGAUUGCCGUACUUCAAUCAGCGGUAUCCAUAAAAUUGGACGAUGUCGUGAAACCAGCAAAAGCGCUUUUCGAGGACUGGAUGUUAGAAGGCAAACGCAUCGCUCCAAAUAUACGAGAUGUCAUAUAUGUUGCAGGAAUCAAAUUUGGUGGCGAGAAGGAGUGGAACCACUGUUGGCGGAAUUAUCAAGAAACUCAGAUACCAAGCGAGAAACGAAUAAUGUUGCAAGCACUGGGAGCGACGACGGAUUCUUGGUUACUACAACGUUACCUUUUACGAUCGUUAAACCGAGAUAUGGUGAGAUCACAAGACGUUGAAACCGUUAUAGCCUCUGUCGCUACUAACUCCGAGGGUCAAUUCCUCGCGUGGCGUCAUCUUAAAGCAUAUUGGCCUCAGAUACACGUUCUUUUUGGAAACGGAUCGCUGACGAUGGGUGGACUUAUAUCUGUCGUAGUUUCUGACUUCUUCACGGAGUAUGACUACCACGAGGUCUCGGAGUUCUUUAAGAAAGUGGAUGUCGGAAGUGGUCGACGAGCAUUAGAACAAAGCCUAGAAACAAUCAAGUUCAAUAUACAUUGGGUAAAAGAGAAUGCAGAUGUCGUUGAUCGAUGGCUUAUAAAUUAUUUGAACAUUCAAACGAGUUAACCCCAUG